AUGUCACAGGAGGUAGGAAUAACAGAUUGCCACCAUAAAUUCUGCAAAGCGUGCAUUGAGAAAUGGAUUCAGCAAUGCAGUGAGUGUCCACUAUGCAGAUCUCAAAUCAAAAAAGUGCGCUUCUUCAAAAACUCAUUUUAUUCUGGAAAAGAAAUAGAUGUUGAGUUUAAGAAGCAACAGAUGCCAGAUUACGAUGAUAUCUCAAUGUUCAUUGAUGAUAAUCCUUCACCAACUCCAAUCAUUAUAGACUCCGAUAGUGAUGAUGAUUUUGAGAUUAUAGAGCAGCAGAGAAGAACUUCUACCAGAAAUCAGCACUAUGGGACAACAUGGCAAAAUGGUCAUCGAAUUUCAUACAGAGAGCAUGAUAGCCCUGAUCCAUGCUCGGAUGCAUUGAGAACUAUAUCCAAUGACAUUAGAAAAAGGAACGAAUUGAAGAAGCUCAAAUUGAUUUCAGACAAAGCUUUUAAUAUGCUCCUUCAAUUAGCGAAAUCUUAUGUCAUGAAUGGAUUUGUGAAUCAAAGUGAUGCUUUCAAUGCAGUUAAUGAAGUUUGCAGUAUCUUUAAUGGUACUGAUUUCGAAGAAAAUGAAGAGUUUUAUAAAAAUAUCAAGAAAACUCUCCAAAGGAAACUUAUAGUUUCAUGUGGUAGAUCUAACUCAUCAGGUGCAUCUCUUCCGCAACCACCUGCAAAAAGGAAACUCAUUCCUCUCUCGGAGAUUAAGAACUCCGCCCCAUAUUAG